AACCCUUCUUCUCAAGAAGCUAGUUUGAAUUGUUGAAAAGAUGAGCAAGUUUUCUCUACUUUGCUUCAUGUUAAUCUACUUGUCAAUGAUUGACCUUACUGCAGCUGAACAUGAGUGUUAUGUGACUCAAAAACCCACUGUCAAUAUGGAUUUUCAAAACCUGCAGCAAGCAUCCAUAUCUAUAAAAAUGAUUUGUACCAACCUUAUAAACUUGCUAUGGAUAGUAGAUGACAAAGAUACAAUAUCUACGACAGAAUAUCUACAUGCUGUGGUCAGCAUACAUGUAGAGGAAAGUCUUCAAGGCGAGAACGCAAUUGAAAGCAAGCUCAUGUUCAUACCAGCUCCAAAUGAAAGACACACUAUAUACUUUAAAGCACUAUACGAGGCAGACAAUAAUGAACGGAGAAUAUACCGCAGUGAGUCCGUCACUGUUAAACUCUUACAAAAUAAGUUGAGUGCUCCAAGAUUUACAUUUUAUGACGAUUCCAUCACGAUAUCGUUUGCCAGUCAAUCAAGAAAUAUGCACCUAGAAAUUGAGGCCACUGACAAAACUCGUACUCAGGGUGAUUUUGACUGGAUAUGCAAACCAAAAAAAUCUAAAAUGCCGGUUAACCUGAGCAACACAACUAAACAAUCUGGGAGGCAUGUCCUUUUCCUUGACUUCUGUGAGCCUAACGGGACGUUUUCUCUAAUGCAUAGUACAGGUGUUGACGUCGAACUCCCGUCAGUGAUAACAUAUCUGUCUAGUGCUGCUCAACACCGUACGCUGCUCACACAUUGGUUGCUACAGGUGAUGGUACUAGUCCUUCACAUUGCCUAUUUCGAAUUCUGGUAAUAAGGGCUGACGGAUAAUUAUAAUGACAAUUAUAAAUAAACAUGCAUGCAUCAGAACGAAUGGACGUAUAUAUAAUUAUACGUGAUCUAUAGAUCUAUAGCUAAUUAAUUUUUGUUUUCAGCUUAUUUUUAUUCGAGUUAUUUGAUGGUUUCAUAAAUGUG